AUGUGCCUCGGCAACUCGGACCAGUUCGUAUGCGGCGUCAGGGUCGAGUGGUACCGAGACCAGGGCCGGAGCCGCGGCGUGUCCUGGUGCGUCCGCUCGCGCGCCCACAUCCUUCGUGCCAUUGUGGCAGCCCAAUGCCUCCCGCACCACGUCGACCACCCCGACUUCGAAGGGCGCUUCCUGCCCGACGUGCGCAUCGCCUGCAACAUGUCUCACGGCGGCGACUUUGCCAGGCUCAUCAGACCGCACUUUGAUCGCCUUGUGAAGCACUACGCCAAGAAAUGGGUCACCGCCAAUGGCCCCGUCGUGCUCAAGGAUACAGUCGUCAUCAACGGAAACGGCACGGAGGAGUACCGGUUCAACCAGGAGCUGGUCGACAGAUGCUUCAACGAUGUCGACGCCAUCGAGCGCUGGCUGCGGGUUGACUUGGGAAAACAGGAUUGGUGGGACAAGGACCCCGGUGCCACUUCAUACCCAUCCACGCCGGUGGCUCCUCCGAACCAUCGCACGCCAGCGACGCCAACAACACCUGCGACGCCGACAACUCCUGUCACGCAGAGCCGGCGCCGUUCCGGCACCGCCUCGUCCACGUCCACGGGCCGAUCGAGAAGGCCGCCGCAAACGCCAACGCACCCCAAGAGAGGUCCGAGUGCGGCGGACAUGGAUCGGCUGGCAUCCAGCGUCGAAGCCCUCACCUUCCCGUCUGACUCGGGCGCAGGUCAAACUCCCUCGACCCCGACACGAAGCCCCCCCGGACCACCGCUCUCAGGCCUGUUCAGCGCCCCCGCAAGCGGCUUGGACGGGGAGAGGCGGGGCCCGAUGCCGGCCGCGGCCUCGCCCGUCCCGGCGAAAGACGGCACUCCCGGUCUGGGUCCGGCGCUGUGGGGACCCACACCGACGGCUGGGGUUCCGAGCCUCGAGCCGUCGCCGGUCAUGUUCCCUCCCACUCCCGCGCGUAGCCUCGCUUCGGCCAGGGCUCCUUCGACCGCCCCGCCAUCCUCUGAGGGAUGGGCCUUUCCAUCGUCGUCAUCGUCGUCGUCUCCAGCACCGCGUGGUCCUCCUGCGCCGUCCACCAUUGCCACGACCCGAUCCCGCAGCGCUGCUCCGUCCACGUUCGUCUCAUCGGUAGCACCGCCGUCAUUUGUCCCGUCAUCUUUCUCGCCGUCUGCAGCACAGCGCCAUCCUCCGCCACCGACUACGAUCCUCACAGACGGAACCCGCAGCGUCGCGGGUGCUGCUCCGUCCACGUUGGUGUCAUCAAUCGCCCCACUGCCAUCUAUCCACUCAUCGCUGCCGAGACGAUUCCGGGAGAGCGUCAGACCGCCGCCACCACCGACCACAAUUCUCACAGACGGAGCGACAGAUGCACUUUCGGUGCUUGAGGCGCCGGUUGUGGAGCACGCGCACUACGGCAAUGGCCACGGUGAUGGUGGUAGUGGCGGUCAUGGUGGGUAUGGCAUGGGCGUUGAGAACGGUGUCGAGACCUGGGAGGAUCGCAUCAGGGAGUCAUUCGAAGCGACGCAUCUCGCGUGGCGCUAUGUGGUCGAGGUCGAGACUGCGGCAAAGGCUCUCAUGUUUGGCAUUGACGGAACGGUCUGA